ACAUAUAAAAUCUGUCGAAUGCGAAUCCAUUAAUUGGGUAAUAAACAUGGUCUCUCUUAAGUGUUUCUUCCUUACUUUAAUGCAACAACAGAGGAACAAUUUGCUACUUUUGAAAUUGUUUUAGGUUGGACUGACAUUGUUCUGGUCUGCCAAUAAACCUCAGUCAAUAAAGGAGCACCAAAUAGCAAAAGAUUGUGCCUUUUUAAUUUUUCUGAAGGAAGCAAAAAAUUGAAAUUAUCAAACCUGUUUAUGUUGGUUGGCUGAACGGCUGAACACCACAACCAGACAACGUCCAUCUUCGUAGAUUAAAAUAUUAGUAUUUAACUUUCCAGACAGUUCCUUAUUUCCUUAUUGGGCUUUUACGGAUUGUUUAUAACAAGUCUCAAUUCAAUUGCUUGGAUCUUUAAUUUGGAGAAAUUGGGAAAGCCAUAAACAUCAUUCAUGGCUGUUUCUUCUUUCUCUAACCUUUCACUCUUAGCUCCUCCUCGUUUCUCUGCUUCAUUCUCUGCAAAACCUCCCAAAACCCUAGAAACCAAAACUUUGUUGACCCUUCAAUCUCUCCGUCUUUGCAAUUCUAUCAAAGGAUUCCAUUCCUCUCCACUUAGAAAUGACGUCCAAGGCCGUUCUUUCAAGGCUUAUUUUUCUGCCGAAGACUAUGCGCCUACGACAAAAGACAAGGAGGAGAAUCAUCAGAAUGGUAUGAAAGCAUCAGAAAAAGCAGCAGAUGGCAAAACUGUAGUCGGUUUGGAGAAUCUUAUCGAC